AUGUCCGAGGCCGAUAGCAGCACCUGCGACUGGGAGAACCCGCAUGUCUUCCAGCGCAACAAGCUUCCUCCUCGCGCGUACUUUCUUCCAGAAACAUCUUUGUCGCUGAACGGCCAAUGGGACUUCAACUACGUUUUGUCGCCUUUGCUGGCCCCAGAAGUUUCCAAGGACAAGAAAAGCGACAAGGCGUCUGAACCGGUGGAAUGGACAACGAUUGCGGUUCCUGGCCAUUGGCAACUACAAGGUCAUGGAAGUCCCAACUAUACAAACACCAUCUUUCCAUUUCCCUGCGACCCACCUCAUGUCCCCAGCCAAAAUCCAACAGGUACAUACCGGAGGUCUUUCAAUGUGCCGCCUGAUUGGGACCCAUCCGCACAACUGCGGCUCCGAUUCGACGGGGUAGACUGCGCCUAUCAUCUAUGGGUGAAUGGACAUGAAGUUGGAUAUGCACAGGGGAGCCGCAAUCCAUCUGAAUUUGAUGUCUCGCAGUUUGUUGAUCGCAAGGCGAAAAAUGAUCUUGUCGUGCGCGUUUACCAGUGGUCAGAUGGGUCAUACAUCGAGGACCAAGACCAGUGGUGGCUUUCGGGAAUUUUCCGCGACGUUAGCCUACUUGCAUUCCCCUCCGCGGCGCGAAUCGAAGACUUCUUUGCGAAAACUGAGUUCGAUGAAUCCUACGAGGACGCUGUUUUGAAAGUCACAGUCACGCUUACAACCAGCGAGCCUGUGGUCUUGGAAGCCAAACUUACCGAUCGAAAGGGCUCGCAUGAAGCAAUCGGCUCUGCGAGCGUGUCGCGAGUCGAGAAUGGGGAUGCGAUCUUGGAAAUUCCAGUGCAGCGCCCUGAGAAAUGGACAGCAGAGACACCAUACCUCUAUGAUCUUACUAUCAGUCUGCAAACUUCAUUGGAUAAGCAAGUUCUCCAGGAGAUCAACCAUCGAGUUGGAUUCCGCCAGGUCGAAAUAAAGAAAGGCAAUAUUACCGUCAAUGGCAAGGCAAUCCUUUUCCGCGGUGCCAACCGUCAUGACCACCACCCCCAGUUCGGUCGUGCCGUUCCCCUAUCGUUCCUCAGAGAGGACCUUCUUAUCAUGAAACGUCAUAACCUCAACUCCCUGCGAUGCUGUCACUAUCCAUCGCACCCACGGUUAUACGAGCUUUGCGACGAGCUAGGUCUAUGGGUCAUGGACGAAGCAGACCUGGAAUGUCACGGAUUUUACGAUGCAGUCGCGCGACCUCUCGAUAUUCCGGAAUCAAUGGACUACGAGGAGCGCAAGAAGCUGACUUUUGAAAAAGCCGCUCAAUACACUAGCAACAAUCCCGAAUGGAAAAAUGCGUAUUUGGACCGUGCUAUUCAGAUGGUCCAGCGCGACAAGAACCAUCCUUGUAUCGUGAUAUGGUCUCUUGGAAACGAGGCAUUCUACGGCCAGAAUCAUCAAGCAAUGCAUGAUUAUAUCAAAUCUGUUGAUCCGAGCAGACCCAUUCACUACGAGGGCGACCCGGAGGCACAGUCCGCUGAUAUGUUCUCUUACAUGUACCCCUCUGUUAACCGAAUUGAAAAAUUGGCAGUCGCGGAGGGUGAUGAUUUCGAGAAGCCUAUUGUACUCUGUGAGUAUGGUCACGCGAUGGGAAAUGCCCCAGGUGCACUGGAAGAAUACAUGGAAGCUUUCCGAACCCACCGACGACUGCAAGGCGGGUGGAUCUGGGAAUGGGCAAACCAUGGUCUCUGGGAUGAAGAACGAGGAUUUUACGGAUACGGCGGUGACUUUGACGAUUAUCCCAAUGACGGUAUCUUUGUUAUGGAUGGACUCUGCUUCAGCAACCAUACUCCGACUCCUGGCCUCGUUGAACUACAGAAGGCAUACUCGCCGGUGCACGCUUCUUACGCCGACGGGUCAAUCUCCAUUGAGAAUCGAUAUGACUUCACGGGAUUAGAGCAUCUCCAGGCCUUCUAUCGUAUUGAAUCGCUCGGGGAAGAGACAACGAUUAUCUCCACCGGCAGUCUCAAAGUUCCUUCCGUAAAGGCCGGACAGACUGCAAGCAUCGAGUUUGCUCAUGAUUUACCGAGUCUUCCCGAAGGAGAAAUUUGGCUUACUGUGAGCUUUCAGAAUAUUCAAUCAACUUCCUGGGCUCCAAGUGGUCACGAGGUUGCUUGGUUUCAAUACCCUCUCAAGAUUUCCUCGAUCGGCCCUUCUCUUUCUCCUCAGUUCCCUAUUCAAAUCAGCUCCAACCGUUCAAGCCACACCGUGACAGGGUCAGACUUUGAGAUCACCUUUUCACUCUCCACUGGUGGAUUGACAAGCUGGACCACCAAGGGGCAUCAGCUUCUGGAUGCCGAUCUGAAAACAGCCACUGCCUUAACACCAGGCUUUUGGCGACCUCCAACCGACAAUGACACCAUGUCCUCGACUCUCGAAGAAAGGAAAAGAUACGGACUUGAUGACAUGAGGGUCCAGCUCCGAAGCACCAAAGCUUCUCGAGUCGAGAACGACGCCGUGGAUAUUGUGACCGAAACCUGGGUGGGGCCACCUGUUCUCGCAUGGGGUUUUCAAGUGACAACUACAUACACCGUCACUGGAGAGGGAAAGCUUUCUGUGACCUCACAUGUGAAGCCUCAAGGUUCCCUUCCCUCGGAUCUCCCCCGACUUGGCCUCGACCUGCGUCUCGCCGACGAAUUGGACAACGCCAAAUGGUUUGGCCUAGGACCAGGAGAGUCAUAUCCAGACAAGAAACGAUCCCAAAAGCUUGGUAUCUAUAAGGCGAGCACUGAACAGCUUCACACGCCAUAUGAAGUUCCCCAGGAGGGUGGAAAUAGAUCCGAAACCCGGUGGUUGCAGCUGAGCAACGAUCGUGGCUGGGGAAUCAAGGUUUUCCGAGACUCUGUGCAUACAGACAAGGACUCUACAACUCAUUUCCACUGGGCUGCAUCUCGCUAUAACGCGAAGCAGAUCGAGUCGGCAAGGCACCCGUGUGAUCUUGUUGCUGGAAAGACAGUUCAUGUGCGACUUGAUGCUGAAUGCAGUGGAGUGGGAACUGGUGCUUGUGGGCCGACCACCCUGGAGAAGUAUCUCGUCGCUUGUGAAGAGAGGGAAUUUAAAUUUACCUUGGUUCCUUUUUUCGGCGACGGGUUUUAA